CAGAAAAAUUUAAAGAUGACGGAGAGAACUAAAGAAAGAAAAUAAUAAUUCAAAAUUUAUUUCGCCAUUAAAAUAAAAUAAAUGAAAAAAAUCAUAAAUAAAAGUGGCAAUUUCAAACAAAAAAAACUAUUUUAAAUUAUAUACAAAAUAUUAACCAAUUAAGGGUUGAAAAACAAAAGAAUAACAUCCAAAGAAGACAGAGGAGACGGGACGAUCUUCGUCGCAUUUAAACAGAAGAAAAAAAAAAAAAACGAAAAAAGAAAAAAAAACAAAUGAACAGAAAAGAAAUGGCAAUUUUCUUUCAACGACAGUCUCAGCUUCAGUGUUGCACAUUUCCAAUUAGAAAUAAUUGUUAAUUAAAUUGAAGUGAGAAUAAGAAAUAACACCGAGAACAAAGAGAGUGUAAAUAAAAUCAAAACAAGAAAAAUAAUAAAAAUAAAAAAAAAAACUUGGUAAAGAAUCUCAAUUUGAAUUAUUUUUUUUUUUAUUACUUGCUUUUAUUUGUUGCUCUAACGAGAAAGAAAGAAAAAAAAUAACAUACAAACAUUUCGUCAGCGAACAGAUGACAUUUCAUAUGAUUGGCAGCGACAAAGGGAAAAAGGAAUAUUCCAUAUCCAUUUGGUGUUUUGAAGAAGACAAACACACAACUGUGAUUGCUGCGAUUGCAAUUGAGACCGCCGCGACAACAAACAAAAACAAUACCAACAAACUUUGAUUAAAAUUGGGAUUGCAAAUUGCAAUAAUUUGCUCGACUGCUAUUGCUUCUGUUGUUGCAAAGUGUUCCUUAUAAUUUCCUCUCCGAAGCUUUGUACCUUGAAUCCCAGUUACCGUUAACGUUAACAAUACCGUGACCGUUCAUCAUCAUAAAGCAGAAGAAGGCAGGGCCAGUACAUCUAACACAAGGAUUGAAAAUUCUGAUUAUAAUCUGCACAUUAAAACAAAUACUAGGAUCAAGGUUUAUUUAAUCAAAUAACGACAAUGGGAAAUUGUUUAAAAAUUUCAAAUGCCGAUGAUAUAUCUUUACUGCGAGGCAGCGAAAAUGGAAGCGGACGUGAUUCCUCAUCUGAUCAAAUUGGUCCCUUACCGAUAUAUUCUGAAAUCUUACAACCAGUUUUCUAUCCAUCACCAUCGGUUAGCCGUCCAGUAUCACAUCUAACCGAAGAAGAACAAAUCAAGAUUGCCAAACGAAUUGGCCUAAUACAACAUCUCCCAAUUGGAUCAUACGAUGGGUGUAAAAAGUCAAGGGAAUGUGUUAUUUGUAUGAUUGAAUUUUGUGUUGGCGAAUCCGUUAGAUAUUUACCAUGUAUGCAUAUAUAUCACGUUAGUUGUAUUGAUGAUUGGUUAAUGCGUAGUUUAACGUGUCCAAGUUGUAUGGAACCAGUAGAUGCUGCUUUGCUAACAAGCUAUGAAGCAACGUAAUCUCUCUUUACUUUUCUCUCUGUAUCAGUCAAUUUUUUAACUAUUUUUUUUUUUUCUUUGGUCUUAUACCUAUAUUAUAUAUUGACUAUAAAUAUAUGUAAAACUAUAUUAUGUACAUAUUUAUAUACAAGAAACCUAGAAUAUAAUUAGUUAUUAAUUCAUA